AAAAAAAGGGGAGGGGAGUGGGGGGGCAGAAACGCGACGCGCAUGCGCAAUCCGAAAGGUUUUGCGCUGCGCAUCCAUGCUGCAGCGAGCUAGUUUGUGAUGGGAGGCGACUGAAGCAGGUGAGAGAGAGAGAGAGAGAGAGAGAGAGAGAGAGAGAGAGAGAGUGAGAGGGAGGGAUAGUCGGCGAUACUUUUUCUGCACUCCGGCUCACACUGACACACACAUAUACGGUGUGGGAAGACGACAGACUUGGAGCCUCGGCAAAAAAGAAAAGAGAAAAAAAAGCCGCUGUUGUUCACACGCUGUGCUCUUUUCCUCCCCCUGGCACCGUGCGCGCUCGCCAAGCCGCACUGUUUGGAGAUAGUCCGCGCGGAAAGUUUUUUGGAGCAUACUGUCUGGAGCCGAUUAAUUGUUGCAUCUGUUUUUUCUUCUUCUUUUUUUGCGAGGCGGAUGACUUACUGUUUUGCAUGUGAAGACUUUUAACUCGAGCUGAGGAAUUGUCAGAGUCGUUUUUGUUUUCCUCGCACAGAAUGGAAGGUAAAUUGACAAGUCGUUUGUGGCGAGGAUCACCGUGUGGAUCUCUCCGCAGGUAAAAACGCGCUAUGACCUGAGCGUGUGAGCGGCUGGAUUUAAUGCUCCCUAAACAUAUUUUUACGUGCAUUUUUUUUGACACAGCUUAGUUUGAAUGUGGAACAGUCCUCGAUCGGACAGGGACUAUAAAAGUAGGCCGCUUUCAAUUAGAAGAGAAUCGACAAGAGUACAUGCGACGUUUCCGCCAGUGGCACUUUGGGUUUGCCGUAGGUGGGUUUUAUUUGUCAAUAGUUGCCGCAAAGUCAAACACUGACUCGUUCCAGGAACCGAUCGUUUUCUCACAACUGUCUUUGGACAUUUUUAUACAUCCCGCUGCCUCCCACCAACGCUUCUAAGCUGUUUAGCGCACGGAGCGCAGUUCACUGAUUUCUUGGGCGUCCGUGUUCACCCCCUUAAAAAAAACCACACACACCAAACCUGAAGAACUCUUAGCUUUGUAGCGUUCCACUUUUCGUCACCUUCUUCCCCAAAGCACUUUCCAAGAGAUCCGGAUAAAAACGACGAGACUUGUCUUCACCGCAGCAGAAAAGGAAAUCUUAAAUCCACCUGGUCUGCACUGGGAUUAUUGGUUUGAUAUCGUCUGCAGAAAGUGGAUUACAACUUCUAACGGGCUGAGCUCCCCGAUCGGCAGCAGUAUGAACCUGGGGCUGGGCUGUGUGUGUCGGCCGGUUUGCUGGCCCUUUGGCAGCGUGUUGGACUCCAGACACUGUGUCUUUGCCCUCACACUCCUCACACUCCUCAUGCAGGUGGUGGUGGAGGCCAACUCAUGGUGGUCUCUGGCCAUGAACCCUUUACUGAUCCCUGAGGCCUACAUCAUCGGUGCCCAGCCUCUGUGCAGCCAGCUGGUGGGCCUGUCGCAGGGCCAGAAGAAGCUGUGCCAGCUCUACCAGGACCACAUGCAGUACAUCGGCGAAGGUGCCAAGACAGGCAUCAGAGAGUGCCAGUACCAGUUCAGACAUCGGCGCUGGAACUGCAGCACAGUGGACAACUCUUCUGUUUUUGGACGGGUCAUGCAGAUAGGGAGUCGUGAAACAGCGUUCACCUAUGCCAUCAGUGCGGCAGGGGUGGUGAACGCGGUGAGCCGCGCCUGCAGAGAGGGGGAGCUCUCCAGCUGUGGGUGCAGCCGUGCAGCUCGUCCCAAGGACCUGCCCCGGGACUGGCUGUGGGGCGGCUGCGGGGAUAACCUCAACUAUGGCUACAGGUUCUCCAAGGAGUUUGUGGACGCGCGUGAGAGGGAGAAGAGCUACCCGAAAGGCUCGUACGAGAGCUCACGGCUGUUGAUGAACCUCCACAACAACGAGGCUGGGAGGAGGACGGUGUCAGACCUUGCCCAUGUGUCCUGCAAGUGCCACGGGGUGUCAGGCUCCUGCAGCCUGAAGACCUGCUGGCUUCAGCUGGCCGACUUCCGCAAGGUGGGCGACGCGCUGAAGGAGAAGUACGACAGCGCGGCCGCCAUGAAGCUCAACGCGCGCGGGAAGCUGGUGCAGAUGCACAGCAAGUUCAACGCCCCCACGAGCCACGACCUGGUGUACAUCGAGUCCAGCCCGGACUACUGCCUGAAGAACCAGAGCACGGGCUCCCUGGGCACGGUGGGGCGCCUCUGCAACAAGACGUCAGAGGGCAUGGAUGGGUGUGAGCUGAUGUGCUGUGGCCGCGGUUACGACCAGUACAAGGCCCAGAUAGUGGAGCGCUGCCACUGCAAGUUCCACUGGUGCUGCUACGUCAAGUGCAAGCGCUGCACCAAAAUCGUAGACCAAUUCGUCUGCAAGUGAGAAGAGGAGCGUCGCCUGUGUGUGUUUGCUUGCAGACGAUGGGCAUACAUCUGUGUGUGUAUUCAUGAGCAGAGGAGCAAAGGAGUUGAACACAGUGAGAGAAUGGAAGAAAGAAACUAUAUAAAUUAUAUUUAUAGAGUUAAACAAUUAUGCCAUUGCAAAAAGACUGACUUUUUUCAAAAAAAAUCUUAUGUCUUCAGAAACUGAGAGUAUCGUGAAAUAUUUAUUUUGAGAUUGUUAUGUUUUAUUUUGGCCCAGUCAUCACCGGCCAAUUUUAACCCCCCUCAAGUGCCUAAAAAAUGGCUUGGAAAUCUUCCCCCACCCCACCUGCAGCAUUUUUUUUAAAUUUCAAAAAAAAAACAUCACUUGCCUUGGGUCACAACCAAUUGAGAAAUUGGACUGUGCUCCCCAUUUCCUAACAAGAGUAGAGUUUGAUAUUUGUGGCAUAGUUGACUAAGAGGUCUUGAUUUGUUGUUUGAGACUGACUGUGUUGAGAGGAGAGAACGCCUGUGUUCUCUAGUGUAUGGAUGUGUUUUCGUGGGCCCGGUCCCAAAACCAGCCUUCGCAUCCUUACCGAAGUCUGCUUGUCCCCCCCCUCCCCUCCCAGUCACACGUAGAGUAAGGAACACUGUUGGUUCGUUCCGAGUUCUUGGAGAACAGUGGCUACAGUAAGAGGGCUGUUUUGGGGAUUGGGCCAUUUAUUAAGCUGUCCCAGAAGCCUUAGAGUUCCCCAGGUGCUGCAACAAGCCCUCCACCAUUAUGCACUUUGAUACAGAGGCUUAAACCUGUCUGUACGUGUCUGUUCAGCUGUUUUUUUUUUGUUUUUUUUUUUAUUACAGUGCAUCAGCAAAUAUAUUAAUAUUAUAGCCUUACAUUCUUUUCCAUAUUAAUUCAGAUUAUCCAUUUAACAUUAUUCUACAAUACUUAACAUGGUUUGAAUAUAUAUGGGCAAUGUUGUGGUUACAGUGGUGAAAUUUUCCAUGCUCUGUGUAUAUAGUAUGUCUAUCCAACCAAUCAGUAAACUGUAUUUAUUUUCUUUAACCAGAUCCUCCUUUAAGCUUACAACAGAAAAGCAUCUCCAUCAGAGGUCAAUAUUUAGUCGGACAUCCCCAAGUUUCAGAGUCACUUUUUAAAAAGUUUGUUCUCACCAAUGGAGCUCUUCACUGUUAUUUUUUAUUUUAAAGGGAAAAGCACCUUAUUGUUUCGAAAACACACUCUUUCUUCUCACCCAUGUUCAGCUUUACUGUUACACACACAUAUAUAUCACAGAUGUUCUGACUUUAUCAUUGCCACAAAUUUCCAAUACCACUCAGUUAACUGCUCACUAUCCCUGUGAUGAUUCUCAAUAGACAAAACUAUUUCUACCAAUCCAACUAUGUAUAUUUAUAAGCUUCUCCAUGAAUUUGAGGUUUGUUAAACUUAAUGUGUUAUAGGCUGAUAUUUUGUUACUUUUUACAAAUUGGCUCAAUGCUCUACUUUGUUUCAAUAAAUAUCAAAUGUAAAACCAGCAGAGAA